CAGGACAAUAUGAAUGGCUACAUGUAUUGUUCGACUUCUUCCCAAGACAGUCGCAACUUUGUGGCUCUCAACUACGGAGGAGUCCCGAAACUGUUUUCUUAUGCGGUGUAACUUCGAUGAAACCCGGUUAACAGUAGUCCCCAUUAAUACGUGCAGAUGAAGAGGAGUUAACAGAAAACCGGAUAGGACUACAUCGAAGGAAGCUAACUGUUGAGCGUAAGUUAGCGGUGAUAUGUUCCUCUCAGCUGGGAUUUAAAUGGUUAACGCUAAACUCCGUUAGCUCAACCAGCUAACUUCUGUGAAUUUACAAUUCUCUUCCUUACUUUUUUGUAGUUUUUUAUAGUAAGUUUUGUUGUUGUGACUUUUUAAUAGUCCCCUGUAAUGUUUAUGAUAGCAGGUGAUACUUGUAAUAGACCUUAUUAGGCUCUGAAUUAACCGUUAUCUGUUGGGUGACGUCGGCUUUUGGUUCCCCUUUUUUACUCUCGGCUCGCUCCGACCAGACUACCUUGAAAAUUCAACUUUUUUAUUUAAGGAGCCACAUUUUCAGGAAUUUUGGUAACUUUAAACAUCUGUUUGUGGUGUUUGGAAUAAAUUAUUUAAUUCGGCGUAAGUUUAGUAUGGAAAAAAGGGUUAAAUGUUGAUUUUUACGUGAUUUUUUUUAAACAACAGGUGCAUUUUUUUUAAAUAGAGGAAAAUGUCAUUUUUAUAACUUUGCUCUAAAAGUAAACUUUAUAUAAUCUUUUUUCAUUUUUAUUUUAUUUUUUAUUUAAUCUUUAUUUGCUUUUUGGUGAUUUUUGACUCACGAAAAACAGAAAUCUUCUUUCUGAAACUAUUCCAAUAUUUUCAAAGAUAAAUGAAAAUAAAGAUUAAAAGUGCAAAAAUGUCCGACUUGUGAAAAGUUGGUAAUUUUUUUUGCACUCAGUAUUUGGGUGAGGCUCCUUCAUCACCACUCCCUGCAUCACUGUGGUGUGGCGUGGAGGUGGUAUUAUUGAAGCCCAGGUUUCAGCUUGUCUGAUUUUUCGGGUUGGGUAUUUUUCGUCUUUCUCUUGGCAUCACCCCACAGAUAAUCUACUGGGCCUACGUCAGAUGAAUUGACUGGACAAAUUGCAGGAAUAUCAUGUUGCGCUAGAGGGUUGUCACAAUUUCAUGACCAGUAUUUCUUAUUUUGAUAUAAUACCAGGAAAAUUCAAUCCUGUUCAAGUAGUUCAAGCAAUGAACUACUUACACAGAAAAUUCAGACCUGGAUGAAAAUGUGUAAGUGAUUUUUUUAAAAAGACAUUGGUGCUUUUCAGAUGCUGAUGGAUUAAAAAAUGGAUAUUGAAUCAAUUUCAUGAAUAGAAAAGAAUCAAAGUAUUGAAACUUUGAGUACCUUACUCAGCAAAGCAUUUGUUAGAAAUGAAAAUACAACCUAUUUAGAUUUCUUUUUGACUUUAUUGAUUUUUUCAUGUUUUAUAAGAUUACUGUAUGGCAAAACUCUGUCAGGGCAGAAUAUAAUAUGCAAAAAAUGACUUUUUCUGAAGUUUUUUAUUUUAUCAAAUCCUUCAGGAGUUUUUUCUAAUGUUUUGUUUUUUUUGGGGAGACAGGAGAAUCAGCUCUUACUCUGGGUUGGGCAGCGGUAGGCAUAAGAUGGGGGAUCCAGAACCUCCAGAGUUUGGGUCCCUGGAGGAGGAGCUGGAGUACUGGAGGGAACAGGCUGCCAGACAUCAACAGAGGUAAGUCUGAGUUUCACUGUAGUUUUUUUUCACAUACCCGAGUCUCUUUUCAUUUCUUCUCUGGAGCUCUCCAACAGUUUUUUUUAAAUUGUAAGGAAACAUUUUUUAGUAGUUUCCCUGGGGGGGGGGGGGGUUGUCUGUAUUUCUUGAAGAUGAAGAUAUUUUGCCACUUUAAAGCUCUCGUUAGUAACAUGGAUAUUUUGCUGUAGGAAGGCCCACUUGUUUCUCCACUGUGCUUUGACUUCACUACAUGUUCCUCUGCCUCAUCCUCCAACCUGGCAACCUCAAGAAUAAAGAAGUGAAAAAACCUGUGCAUUUUCAGUGCUGUACCAUGCCACUGGAAAGCACAUCCAUUUUUGCACUACUGUAGCAUUUGAUAAAUCGUCCUUCUGCCCCCUUCAUGAUACCAUGCAUUGAUUAAUUCAUGUGGUGUUUUGUGUUGGAUAUAAGUUUCAGUAACCCUAAAAUGGAAUUAAAACUAAGUUCAUAAAAAAAUUCAUACACAGUUUGCAGAGUUGACAGAUUUGAUAUUAUUUUCACAGAAAAAGCUCCAGUCGGCUUGAUGCUUUUAAAUUUUCUGUUGUGCACUCAUUGCAUAUCAAUAUUUCACUUACAUGUAAGUUUUUUUAAGAAUAAAUGAGAAUCUUUUGCCAACAAAAUAAUAACUUUCGGGGCUUCUGGACAAUUUUUAUGAAUAUAUUUGAAGAAAAUAAUUAAAACUGUUUAAAGUAAUGUGACUCUUAAGACUCUCCUGCAGGACAAAUAAUCUGAACUUCAAGGUGUUUUCCCACCAAACACAUUUCUGUGAUGUUUGGACUUUGCUGUUUAAUCAAUCAAGCCCCGAGCUUCCUCUGGUUUGAUGGGAAAUGUUCAGGUUGUGUUUUUUAUCCAAACAGGUUUGGUUUAGAAACAUUUAGCCAACCUUCCUCUGAGACAACACGUGAUUGUUCUGCUCCGAACAUCAGUGUGUUCAAAGAAAAUCAAAACUAAUAAAUUGAAGAAUAGUUCAAAUGGUUUGGAGUGUCUGCAUCCAAAGGUAACAAAAAAUGUGGUUUAUAAUCUUUGUGCAUGUGUGUGUGUUUGUGUGUGCAGUGCAGAGGAAGCCCAAGAGGAGCUGCAGGAGUUUCAGCAGAUGAGUCGGGACUAUGAGGUGGAGCUGGAGACAGAGCUGAAACAGUGUGAAGCACGAAACCGCGAGCUUAUCGCUGCAAAUAAUCGUCUUCGUAUGGAGCUGGAAAACUACAAGGUACCAGAGACGUUAGUGAUUCAAUAUUCUGUAGACCUGUUUUUUAUUCCAACUUCAAAACAUUGCAAAUCAAAAAAACCUCACUGAAGUCUGCAAACAGUUUUCAAAAAUAGAUUUGAUGGGAUACAGAGAGAAAUUGUCCCUCUGGUCAUUAGAGACAGCGCUCAGAAGUGAACAAACUUUCAAACAGUGGUGUGAGGCUGUUUGGUCCCAGUGCAUCAGGAUGGGUAUAAGAGUUGUGCAACAUAUCCUCCUGACCCACCCUGAAGGUUUUGAGCCGCUUUGGAAACAGGAGUCAUUGUCGCUAAAUGGUUUUGUAGCCAAGUACUGGAGCAUAAAACUUUUGUAUCAGUGUUACACGGCUAUUUUGAUAACAUUCACUAGCCUCAAUAAGCAUCUGGAGGUAUUUGACUGGGAAUUUCCAUAUUUAUCAGCUGAUGGAAAGUGUUUUUUUCAUGGUUCCUGUUACCAGUGCUGAAUAGGCUCUUCUGGCGCUCUCAUCCAAGCACACACUCAAGAGGACACACAGUUUAACACUCACAGAGGAUUGAUUCAGGACGGAGAAAGGCAGCUGAUGACUCUCGCUGGUCUGUGUCUGGAGGGGAUGGCAGCACUCCCCAUAAGACCUCUCAGAGUCACUUCUACAUUUGUUUAUCCCUUUGAAGAACAAAAUAAAACAGAGUAGGAAAAACUGAAUCUAUAUGAGGAAGUUGGAUUAUUUUAAAGGUGCCGUCAUCCAAAAUCACAAAAAUGAAGAGAAGAUAAAUGAAGUUCUGAUGAGAGGUUUGUGUAAACAUGUAAAUGUACACUCUACCCCCAAAGUCUUAAUGUAGAGCCGUUAAAGAACAACAUGGACCGAACAAGGAGUGAUCUAUCAAGUAUUGCCUGUCUUGCUUCAUAUGAGAGAAAUAUAAUCGAUAUAUUGCAACCUUCAAGCAUCCUUCAAACUAUCAUAUGGGUCAUCUUCGAUUAAUCUUCUUCAGGUUUUACCUUCUCCUGCUCUUUCCUGUCGCCCCUCUCACUGCAAACAACCACCUGUAAAACUCUUCCCGGUGCAUGUGUGUUUUUUGGAUGAGGAGAUCAGGGAGGAGGGCGUGGAGAAAGCAAGCGAGCAAAACAAUCAUGGGCGAGUUCACCUGGACUCUGAGAGGCUGUACAAAGCUGUUCGUUAUAUUCAUUGUUGAAGCUGUAGUGGGAGUUGGUGGUGUACUGGAGUGUACUUUUUUGGUGUGGACAAAAAACACCUUUUAAUAUAACACAUGACCACCCACUCUGUCUUCAAUGAUAGAUCUAAAAAACAGUUAUCACUUGACAAAAACUGAAAAUUCAGACACUUCCUUAAAGUUGAAUUUGAGCUAGAGCUGUUGUAUUGGGUUGGAUUAGAUUGCCCAGGAAUUCAUAAUGAUAGCCAUUUAUAUAAAUGCAGCACAAAAGCACUGAAAUCACUGGAGCAAGAAUAACAAUCAAAAAGUCUGAGUGAGCAGAGUGAGUUUUGUGUUUUCGCUCCUCGGCUGGUUGGUCUUGGUUGGCUGCUGACUUCCAGAGGAAAAGGUGAAGAAGGAGGUUGUGCUGUGGGCAGUUUUCAGACUGUGUCGUGAGGUUUUGUCGCAGGUUUUUACCUCUGACAGCGUGUUUGACCAGUAUGUCGAGCCUGUGAGGAAUUUAGCUGAAGCAUGCUGACGCUUGACACAGUGUCCUCUCUGUUUGUCAGUUUCUGCAGUGAGUCACUUGAUGCAGCCUGGAGACACAGUAAAAAAGGAUAAUUUGCCAUUUCAAACUUCUAAAUGUGUUCAAGUAUCCAUCACUCAACAGAUGAUGAAAGAAAUGUGAUCUGAAUGAUUUCAUAUAAAUGUCAUAAAGAAUAAUCUGCAAUACGCUGACUCUACAAAGGGUCCUCUCAUGUUUCUAAACUUACAAGUUUGUUAUGUACUUUGUUAACUGAUAUGUUGUAAACAGGACUUUUAAACGCAUUAUGACCGCUCCCUUAUGAGUAAAUGCUAGCUUUUAUAAACUGAAUUCAUUUCACUUUAAUGACAUUUAAAGGGUUCCGAUUUUUAACAGCCCCUAUGGGAGAUGUGCUUUUAAAUUGCAGUUUAUGGAGUCAUGAGAAGGUUAAAAAAGUUAAAAGUAUAAAAAAAUUAAAUUAGAAACAGAAAUGUGUGACAAAACAAUGCUGAAAAAUAGAGAGAAAAUAAAGUUUUAAGAACAAGGAAGUGUAGCCAGAUGAAAGCUUAAAUAUUGAACUAUUUUUAUCUGCAGAUCCAUAAAUCCUGUCCGUAUAUAUUUGACCUGUACAGAUACAUAUAUCCUGUACUGCCCACAAGAUGAGGCAUUUAUCAUGUGCAUGUAAAGGCAGCUCACUUUAAACAACAGGCUCCAACGUGUCAGUUUCACGGAAAUAUUUUGAAAUGUCAGGAAUUGGCGGGGAAAAAAAGUACAUUUCAGUGCUUUUGAGGGACAGGUGAGGGGGAGCAAAACAGCACUUUUCGAACAGUGCCAGUUUCAUUCUUUUCAUUCAAAAGUUUCUGAAAAGAAGGGAAAAAAACUGCAUCAGUGAAAGGAAGUCAGCAGCCUCCACUCCAGCUGAAUGAAUUCAUCGCUUCAAUAACCAGCCCGUCAGCGUGGAGGCAGAUCUGGGCUUCCAGAGGCUCAUGAUGUCCUUCGAGUGUCUCCAGAAGCUUCUGUCGAAUGCUGCUCAUUUCAGCUCCACAACAGACAUCUGGACAUCAGGUUUAGGUCCUGAGAGUAUGCUGAGCUUCACCCAGUAGGCUAAGAACAGUCUACAGGUUAUUUCUUAAAUGUCAUUACUGAAUGUCUCCGAAGAAGAAAAAAGAGUGUAAAGAUGUCCAAACAUGAAGUAUUCAUCCCUGAGGUGACAUUUACUUAUUCCUCAAAUAAUAGAACAUAUAUAUUAUCAAACACUUUCAGGUCCAAUCCAAUCCAGGUUUAUUUAUAAAGCACAUUUAAAAACAACAAAACGCUGACCAAAGUGCUGUACAGUAAAAUUAAACAAUAGAAACAGACAAUGAACACGAACAAUAAAACAAAGGCACAGGAGCACAUUAAAAACAGGGGGGCAUAGAUGGUUCAGUAAAAACAUGAUUUAAAAGGCGAAGUUCUCAGGAGUUAAAAGCCAGGGAGUAAAAGAGCGUUUUCAAAUGUGAUUUCAAAACAGGCAGUGAGCGGGACAGUCGGACAUAUAGGGGAAGAGCACUCCAGAGCUUGGGAGCAGCAACGGAAAAAGCCGGUCACCCCUGAACUUUAAUCUUGACCUUGGGACAGUCAGAAGGCACUGGUCAGAGGAUCUGAGAGUCCGAGGUGAAAUAUAUAAAAAGGAGCAAGCCUGUUUAAAGAUUUAUAAGUCAAUAACAAAAUUUUAAAAUCAGUCCUAAAACGCACAGGAAGCCCGUGAAGAGAGGCUGAAAUAGGGGAAAUGUGGUCAUCUUUACGGCACUUGACAGUAACAGAUAGAUUUGAUCCUGUCAUUUAAUGUGUUAUCAUGAAAGAGGACAUUGACAUUGUUUGACAGCAGCUACAUUCACAAAGCUGCCAGCAGUGUCUGUACACCUGAUUUGUUUAUUUUAUUUCCAUAGGCCCAAUGAGCCAAGAGCCAAGAUAACAGCUGAUGCAAUUUAUUUCCAAAUGUCAUUUCUAGGCCUCCAGAUUUAAUCUCCAGAUGACAUCCUAAAAAGUUAAUUAUGAUAGUGCCAGAUAUGAACAUUUCUAUUGAUAUUGAUGGGCCAAAAAGGUGUCACAUAAUGACUGCUUACAUAUGCCAACAUGUCAGCUGCAGGGACACAGUUUCAAAUGUCAGCAUAUCGGAAAAUCGCUUCAACAUUUUGUGCAUUUUGAAUCUCUCCUAACCGUGUGUUUUGUCCCUCUGCAGGAGAAGUAUGAGACGCAGCACUCAGAGGCAUACCGUCAGAUCUCCACCCUGGAGGGAGACCUCGCCGAAACCACGGCCAUCAGAGACCAGCUUCACAAAUACAUCAGAGAGCUGGAGCAGGCAAAUGAUGAUCUGGAGAGAACGAAGAGGUCAGAGGUCACUGAAACUAGUCAAAGUUCAGGCCUGACAAUGUUUCCUGGGCCUCUUAAAAACAACUUUUCCCAAUACAAGUUUUACAGUGUAAUUUACGCAAGUAAAAAUUAACUCUCAAGGUCUUCAGCCCCCUUUGUUGAUUCUGUGAACUCCAUCUAAUGUCAUAUGGGAUCAUCCACAACAUUCAAUCCUUCAUUAAAAUGACAUUAGAAGUUAAAUUUCAUGAGGAGAAAAUACCAUAACACCAAACUAAAAAUCCACUUUAAGCUACUGUGAGAAGUUUUGAACAGGUAGUCAAACCGUUUGAAAUUCCAUGGAACAGGAACUUUUUGAUUUAGACCAAAAGUUUUGAGUUCUUGUGUCUUAUUGUACCCAUCAAAGGUUAGGAAGUAUAAAGGUAUAAUCACUAAAAUGAACGUGACAGUAACAAGACUGCUAAUUGAUAUGACUCGGUCUAUUCCCUGAUUCCCCUGGGUCCUAAAGCCCCCCCAACAAUCUAUCUUUUUUUUUGUGUCCAGGGCGACCAUCAUGUCUCUGGAGGACUUUGAGCAAAGGAUGAACCAGGUCAUCGAGAGGAACGCCUUCCUGGAGAGCGAGUUAGACGAGAAAGAGAAUCUGCUGGAGUCAGUUCAGAGGCUGAAGGACGAGGCCAGAGGUAGAGCUUAACUCUGGAGUGUGUCGGUGUGAUCUGGCUGAGUGGAAACGUGAUGCUCGGUGGUAAAACUGGCUGUAUUUGUUUUGUGUGUCAGAUCUGAGACAGGAGCUGGCGGUGCGGCAGAAGCAGCAGGUCCAGGAUAGGAAGCCGUCUCUAACCUCAGCAGUCAAAGAGCCCUCCCCCACCGCCGCCUCGUCCUCAGCUGGUUUACCCACCCCACCGCUCACCCCCCCAGACAAAAGACCGGAGGACAAAAACAUGUCCUCGUCCUCUAACCAGCCUGCCCCCUCUGCCACCAACACACCGUCCAGACCUGCAGCCUCAGCAGAGUCCUUCACCACACCGCUGCCGUCCAUCAGCAGAGGUCAGUUCAUGGUCGAUGUGAUUGAUAUCUUUGAAAAAAACAAAAACUCACAAAAAUAUGUUUAUAACAGUUUUUAUCACAGAAGUCUUUUAGUACAAACAGGGCGAAAUGUUCCAGAUUUUCAUCGUUACAUCACAGUCACCUCGAUUAUUAGCGAAUUAAUCAGUUAAUCAUUUUCCCUGCAGCUGACAGCCUCUCAGGGACUCCUCUCACCACAUCGGCGAGAAUCUCAGCCCUGAACAUCGUCGGGGAGCUGCUGAGAAAAGUCGGGGUAAACACCAACAGAUUCCUCUCUUGUGUUUCAGCCCUCCGGGUUCCCAUCAGCUGCUGCUCUUACAUCAUGUGUGGCUGCAGGGAGGUUCUGGUUUUUACUCUCAGAAGCGUACUAUUCCUGCUCUGUUGCAUAAGAGUUUAUUCUUUUAUUUUUAGUCAACUUCAUGUCAAGACAACUUUGUAUGCAUAGCACAUAUAAAAUAACCAAAGCUGACCAAAGUGCUGUGCAAAGUAGAAAAGGUACAACCCCAAUUCUGUGAACAUGAUCGCUGGGUAAAUUGUUGAUUAAAAACAGGACUGUGUGGUUUGCCAAUUUUUAAAAAAGUAGCAAAAAGACAAUGAACUACAUAUUUAGUGAUCGUGAGAACAAAACAUGUCUUUACAGGGUUUUAGUGCAAACAGAGGAACUUACACAUAUAAUUGAAACUGUUUUAUUUUUCUAGAACUUAGAGUCCAAACUAGCAUCCUGUCGGGAAUACGUCCAAGAGCAGACGGUGAACCGCAGAGGACACACUGGCGCACCAGGGGUGACGCCGGGACAGAACAACUCAGAGACACAUCCUACGAACGGCCUCUACAACAAAGGGUGAGGAGUCCUGCAGUGUUUGGAGUCAUGCAGUGAUGUUGUUCUGCCUGUUCACGGCUUGAAAAUGAACUAAUGAUGAAAAAUUUUCCCAGAAUAAUGAAAGCAAGAAGGUAUCUGGUUGUUGAUUUUGUUUGCCAAUUUCUGGUCCCAUCCUGACUUUGUGAACCUUUGAAGGUUUUCAGGCCUUAAAAGUCUAAAAUGAGCCCUCUGACUGUGUUUUGUGUUUUUAUUCUAAGGCUGGUGAAAAGGUUAGAUUUCGGAGCAGGAUCCAAACUGCUGUUGUGAAGAGCCUCAGACCUGCCCUCCUCCUCCAUCCUUCUCUGAGCUGCUCGAUGCUCCUUGUUCAUCCAGCCCGGAUGUGAAAAAACAGGAGCGACUGCACCAUGAGUUUGCACAUUAAAGGGACGCUCUGACUGCGAGCUGUGGAGAUAAAUCUGUUGGAUGUGUUACGAUGAAGACUGUCAGGAUGUCCGAUUCAGAGUUUCUGUUUGUUUGUGAGCAGGACUUCUUUCAGCACUCGCACUUAGCUUGAACUAACCUACUGAACUUCUUUGUGUUCGACCUUUCUUACCUUUUCUUUUUUUUGCUUGGGUAGGGUGGGGAGGGAAUGUGAAGCAGAUUUUAGAGACAUACAGCCGGGGAAAAGGCUUCACCCCUUGAUCUGCAUGGUUUGAUGUGAUGAUGGUGAGGAACUCAAGACUCUGAGUUCAGAGCCCUCUGCUGGAGCUUCUUGUGUAACAUCCAUCAUACAGCUCUGUUAUUAACAGUAUUACUUGUCCUUGAACUCAUCAGCUGUGAUGCACUUCUGUCUGUCUCAAUUUGAGAUUCUUAGUUUGUUCCAAAUUGUGGAUGAGGUGAAAAAACACUUUCUCGAUGAUUUUACACAGUCACAGUGAUGUUACGGAGAUGACCGAACAUAACCGCUUUUUCAAACUCCUCCAAAUGUUGCUUCAAAGUAAUUUGCAAAAGGAUAUAAUAGCAAACAUUCUGUUUUUCUCCUCGCCUGCACAGUCAGUACAUUCACUACUCAUUCUCCAACCUUACAACCCCCCAAAUGUGGAAGUGAAGCAGCCUCUGUGUCAUUUCUGCAGCCCUCCUACUAGACUAAAAAAGCUUCAGCAUUGGAGUUUGCUCCUAAUAUGAUGAAUGGAUGGGAGUGAUUUGCAUAGGCAUGCAUGUCAAACCUCUCCCUCUCCUUGAGCAAUUUGUUUUCCUCCUGUGCUGCAGUGUUUUUUGCUGGAAUGAAGAUGUCAAAGGGUAGAGCCAGACACACCUACAGGUCUGUUUCUGGUUACAAAAACCAAAACGAAUCUCUUAUUCAUUCUGCCUGGCCACUAAAACAUUGAAGAAAAAAAGAGGAUGAUUUAUAUUUAUCACAACGUACUACAGUUGGUGCAAUAUUGUUGUUUGCACCAUCAGCAAGUCUUUAGCUGACAAAACAUAAUUUUAGGAAUAUAUAUAUUUUUUGACAUGUAGAGUCAUAUAUUUAGUGUAAGUCUCAAAAAUCGGUGACUUUCAUCCUUCCCUCCUCAUGAUCAGAUCACAGAUAGAAACUGAGAGGCUGCAGAUCCUCCAAAGAAACGGAUCCUGUGAUGAUUUUUACAAAUGAAAUCAAAAUCGUGAUAAAACAAGACAAGGAUUGUUUUUGGACAUUUAACACAAAGUCAACCAUGAACUCUGAGUAAAAGUUUGCCGGCUGUGUUCAAAGAGAGAGUUUACGGUCUUUAUUUUGGACUGGGGUUGCAUGAGGUCUUUAUCACACAUCUUAACACACCUGGAGGGUGUCUGACUCUGGUGGAGAGGGAAGGGUGAUUGAUUUAGAGUCUUUUAUUCUCUCUUUCCUGUUCCCAUUGUUUCAGUUCAUGCUUGGCUCUUACACAAUCUUAUCCUGCAGUCACAUCCACUUUAAGCUACUUCUAGCCAGAGUUGGGCCAUCAACCAUUUAAGAGUUUCCAUUCAAAGCACUAUUGUCACUGAAGUGUACACUGUGUUUGGGGAAACCUUCUAAGCUUUGCUGUCAGGAAGCCCAUUCUGUUUUCACACUACUUUUGGAUGCCACAUGUACAUCUUAGUCUGUCUGCACCAAAUAUACAACCCCACUCCAAAAAAUCUGUGUGAACUUCUUAGACAAAAUGAGAAAUUGUGACAAAAUCACUGCGAUUCAGUGGUAUUUAGAUGCUUUGGGGUAUCCAUACUGGAAGAGAAUCAACUCUUUUAACAUCUUUAUCUGGUUUCUGGAUGAACAUUUCUGGGUUAUUUUGCCCUUAGAUACUCUAAAUUAAAACAACCCCUCUGCAAAGCACUGCUUCUGUCUUAAUUUGGAAUUAGAUCAUUUCAUUAAACUGUUUUACUCAUCUGUACUCUAAGUCUGCUCUGGUACUCAAACUGGAAUAACUCUGAGAACAACCUGAAGGAACCAUUUUCAGCUCUUCGACUAAAAGUUCCUGGUGAUUUUGGUGGAAAUGUGUUCUUUUACCUCUCAAAUGAGACGUCUUUUUCUGCAGGGCUCGACUUCUGUCUUUGCAGGAGUGAAGCAGGAAAGGAUUUGAAAACUUCAGUGAAGGCUUUUUGUGUUUUAUGUUAAAAAAAAGUGUGUUAUAGAUGGAGUUGUAGUGUGUGUGUUUACGUUAAAUUACUGUACCUUAUGUAGGCUCACUAGGAUGUAGGAUGAGUUUGUAGGUUGUGCUUCAGCUGAAUUUAGCUGCUCAGGGCGAGUUUAAAACAGAAACUGCAGGAAACGCGGGAAAAGAGUGGAACUUCUGUGUUUGCCUUUUUGCCUCAAGAGGAAGACUUACACGCUCACAAAGUAUUAAUGUUGUUGUUUUUUUUUGCUCUUUGUUUACUGUCAAGUGCUGCUUCUGUUUCUGAAAAGCAAUAAAACUUGAAAUGUUAAAAA